ACAUUAGUUUUUGUUCGUUCAGUAUUUGUUGAGCUAACUCUUGUCCUUAUCACCAUGAAGAAUCAACGAAUAUUAAUCACUUUUCUAGGAAUGUUAUAUUUUAUAACAGUAACCAGCAACAGUGUGGUAGACAUCGACAGUCUGGUAAACAGCGACAGUGUUGAUCUGGAAUCAAUCGCACAAUCUCAUAUGGAAUCAAUCGACCAUCUUGAUGAAGCUGCAGUUGAGAAAACUAAGGUGAAUGGUGCAAACGGAAUUAGCACCAUUGGUGAUGUUUUGGAAGCAAUUAGGGUGGGAUUUAACAUCAACUAUACAGUGUCUAAUACUUCAGAGAGAAUUCCGUAUCAUACUUCACUAGCUGCUCAAUAUGGAACUUUAACAUCCGAAUCUUUGAAAACAAUUGACAGGAAGUUAAAGGUUAUGAUUGCCGGAACUAACAGAUUGAUGAAAAAAUUACAGAUGAGGGAUGAAUACAAAGACAACGAAAUUCCGUUUGAGGAGUAUCUUGGUGUAAUGAACCAAAAUGUCUUAAUUAAAGAAAUGGAAGGAAGCAAAUACAGAAAUUCCGAUUAUUUGACCUUCCAAGAAACGAAUUGGUUUAAAUUCGAUGGAAGUCCUGAGCAAGAUAAGAUUUAUCAAGUAGAAGCAUGGUUUGCCAAUCUGAUCAACGAUAUGGAUGUUUUAACUGACACAGAAAUCAACAUUAUUGAUUUCGCAAACAUUGUUGCAGCUACUGGGGCUGCAGUAAAAGAUUUUUUCUCAGUUUUUGUGGCUGCCGACAAUAUCGAGCGUAGUAUAGUAGACGUGGGUAUUCUGCGAUAUCCGGACAUAGAAAGACCCUUUUUCAAGUUAUUUCGCAUUAAGCUUCGUGCUUAUCGGAAAUGUUUUCGAGUAAUGGCAACCCAGAAUGACGAGAGUGGUAUCAAGGGAGAUUAUGACACUGUUUCUUUCGUUCCACGAAGAAAGUUUAUGCGUCAAUUAAGAAGAGACGUAAUGGAUCAAGCUGUGCAAGAAGCUGAAUCUAUGUUUGAUUUCUGAGUCACAUGUCAAUCAAUAAAAUUUUAGGCAAUAAAACGUCAUCAUAUAAAUAA